UUCUGAGUACCUACGACUUUCUAUAAAAUCAGUGUUAAAAUUAUACAUAAUUAGUAAAGCUCUUACUUUUCAGUAAAUUUGUGAUCAAUACUGCACGAGGCACCAAGCCGAAAAUAUUUUUACCUAUCUAACAUUAUUUAAUCACAGAAUGUAAUGUAGAGUACGCAAAUUUAUUUUUGUCAUAUUUGUAAUUAUGUAUUUCGUUAUCUAUCUAUAAAAGAACUCCACCUACUAUGCUAUUGCUUGAUUCCUUUGUAAACAUUUUUGAAGUUUAUGUUCAAGUGAAAUGUCAUAAAGAAAGUGGUUUUGCAAUUGAGUGACUGUUUUAUUUGUGAAAUAUGAUUUUAUGAAGUGGACUAUCAUACUCCUCCCCAGGAAUAUUUGGCAUUAAUGGUGUUUGAAUUGCGGUGAAGGCAACGGCAUGUGGCGCGGCGCGCGGGUGUUGGUGCUCGCAGCGCUGGGCCUCCUGGCCGAACCUUCGCUCGCGCACAAGAAGUACAACAUCACUAUUGGGUACCUGCCGUGCCUCACCGGCGAGCUACGCGACCGUCAGGGUCUCACUAUUUCUGGCGCGCUCUCCGUCGCUUUAGAAGAGCUGAACAAUGGAUCGGCCCUAUUGCCCGACGUGGAGAUGCUGUUGGAAUGGCACGACACCAAGUUCGACACGAUCACGUCGACGCGCCACAUCACCGACAUGGUGUGCGGGGGCGUCGUCGCGUUCUUCGGGCCCGAGGGUCGGUGCCACACGGAGGCGAUACUUGCACAAUCCAGGAAUUUACCUAUGAUCUCUUUUAGAUGCUCGGAUUACCAGACUUCGACAUUGUCUAAUUUUGCGCGGCUGGAACCUCCUGGCGCUCAGGCUACGAAAUCUGUAAUAUCGCUGUUACGGUACUACAGAUGGAAUAAAUUUUCCAUACUAUACGAGGAGUCAUGGGUGACGGUCGCUUUGACCCUAGAGAACCAUGCGAAGUCGAAUAACAUGACGGUGAACCACCAGAGGCCUGUCAUCGACGGGUACAAGUGCUGCGAGGAGAAGAUGGCGUGUUGCGCGCCCGGCUUCUGGUACCAGUUCAUACAGGAGACCAAGAACAAAACCAGGAUCUACGUGUUUCUGGGAUCGACGUCGGGCCUCAUAGAGAUGAUGACCGCGAUGGAGUCGCUGCAGCUGUUCUCCAAGGGCGAGUACAUGGUCAUAUUCGUCGACAUGAUGACUUAUUCCUCAAAGGACUCGCUCAAAUAUCUUAUAAAGACAGAGGACCGCGGCUCGUCGAUGCUCAUUUGCCCCAACACGCCGGAGUUCAAGAAGCGGGCGCAGUCUCUGUUGGUGGUGGUCUCGUCCGAACCCUCCAGCGACUAUCAGGACUUCAUUGUGAAAGUUCGCAAAUAUAACUCGAUGAAACCGUUCAAUUUCCCCGAUGUAUUUGACCAGUUCAAUAAGUUUGUGUCCAUAUACGCUGCGUAUUUAUACGACUCGGUGAAACUUUACGCUAGAGCCUUGGAUGAAAUUAUCAAAGAGGAGACUAAAAAAGAAGAAUUGACUUUUGUUAAGUUGAGAGAAAUAGCGACGAAUGGCUCUCGGAUCGUAAAGAAAAUGAUUGACAGCUCGCCAUAUAGAAGUGUGUCUGGUAUGUCGAUACGUUUGGACGAGCGCGCCGACUCGGAGGGCAACUUUUCCGUACUUGCAUUUAAACCGAAAAAGUUCGUUGACUCGAAUAUCAACUGCACCUACAGCAUGAUACCCGUCGGACACUUCCAGCAGAGCACCAGGGAGUAUCCUGAAUAUAAACUAAACCCGCGCCUGCCGAUCGACUGGCCGGAUAAAGUGAAGCCAGAAGACGAGCCGUCGUGCGGGUUCAACUACGAGAAGUGUCCGCGCGACGACUCGCAGAUCACGUCGCUGGUGGUGGCGGGCACGCUCGCCGUCACGCUGUUCUGUGCACUCGUCGUCACCAUCAGUAUAUACAGGAAGUGGAAAAUCGAGCAGGAGAUAGAAGGACUGCUGUGGAAGAUAGACCCGAAUGAGGUCGUCGGCUAUCAGGGCAGCGGGCUUGUGUGGUCGCCUAGUAAGCUGAGCUUAGCGAGUGGUAUAUCGUGUGAGAGCAGAUGCUGCACGCAAAUAUUCACACCAACGGCACAGUUCAAAGGAAAUGUAGUUAGAGUUAAGGAAUUAAAAUUCUCCAAAAAGAAAGACAUCCCGCGAGACAUAAUGAAGGAGAUGCGCCUGUUGCGCGAGCUGCGGCACGACAACCUGAACUCGUUCAUCGGCGCCGUGGUGGAGCCCAUGCGCGUGCUCAUACUCACCGACUACUGCGCCAAGGGGAGCUUAUAUGAUAUCAUAGAAAAUGAAGACAUUAAACUGGACAAAAUAUUCAUAUCGUCGUUGAUACACGACCUCAUCAAGGGCAUGAUAUUUAUACACACAUCUCCACUAAUAUUUCAUGGGAAUCUCAAAUCAUCAAACUGUGUCGUCACGUCUCGAUGGAUGCUACAGGUUGCAGACUUUGGACUUCACGAGUUAAGAUACUGCGCGGAAAAUGAAUUUGUUGGCGAGCACCAAUACUACAGAGGACUGCUAUGGAAAUCUCCUGAGCUACUGCGAGAGAUGGACAAUCCAAACACUAUCGUUUGCGGCAACCAGAAAGGUGACGUGUACGCAUUCGGUAUCAUACUCUACGAGAUUAUAGCGAGACGAGGUCCGUUCGGACUGACGGCCACGGAACCUAAAGACAUUAUCGAGCGCUUGAAACGGCCUAAAUUAGACGGUGAGGAGGUGUUCCGGCCCGACACGAGCGUGUUGGAGGGCACCACCGAGGACUACGUGAUCUCGUGCAUGAAGGACUGCUGGGCCGAGGACCCUAACAUCAGACCAGACUUCCCCACGAUUAGGAGCAGAUUGAAGAAAAUGAAGUCCGGAAAGUCGAGAAACAUAAUGGACCAAAUGAUGGACAUGAUGGAGAAAUACGCGAACAAUUUAGAAGAACUAGUCAACGAAAGAACGAGACUGCUGAUAGAAGAGAAGCAAAAAACCGAAGAUCUAUUGCAUAGAAUGCUACCAAAGUCUGUUGCUCGAAGGCUUACGACGGGCGAAGGCGUGGAACCGGAGUCAUUUGAUUCGGUCACUAUUUACUUCAGCGAUAUCGUUGGUUUCACCGCUAUGUCGGCCGAGAGCACCCCGCUGCAAGUGGUCAACUUCCUUAACGACUUGUACACGCUGUUCGAUAGAAUUAUAAGGGGCUACGACGUGUACAAAGUGGAGACGAUAGGCGACGCAUACAUGGUUGUUUCGGGCUUACCGAUUCGAAAUAACGACCGCCAUGUUGGCGAGAUUGCAUCCAUGGCGCUCGAACUACUGAACGCGGCGAAGAGUCACAAAAUAGCGCAUAGACCUAAUGAAACAUUAAAAUUAAGAAUAGGUAUUCACACUGGCGCAGUAGUGGCUGGUGUGGUGGGACUUACAAUGCCUCGCUAUUGUUUGUUUGGGGACACGGUGAACACCGCGUCUAGAAUGGAGUCGAACGGGGAGCCGCUGCGUAUUCACAUAUCGCCGAACUGCAAGCAAGCACUCGACAAACUAGGAGGCUACAUUGUCGAGCCGAGAGGGACUAUACCGAUCAAAGGGAAGGGACAGCUUCAGACUUAUUGGUUAGUCAGCGCCACUGAAAAAGCUAUUCAGAAGAGACAAGUGGACGGAGAAGAGAGGCCGCUAUUCCGCCGCCCCAGGAGAAGCCCCCGGCUGGCGGAUUCGAGACACCCAUCAUUGUCAGGCGGGUGUGGCGCCGGCACCGGCGUGCGCCAGCGCGUGUCGAGCGGCGCGCGCGGCGACGACCCCGCGCGCGGCUCGCGCUGCUCCCUGCCCGCGCCCGCCGCCGCCAGGCCCGACCACCACGCCAGGCACGCACUGAGUUCCAUUGCGUCAUCGAUGGCGUGUUCGGGCGGCAUGUCGUGCAGCGCGCGUGCGUCGUGCGGUGCGUGCGGCUGCGCGGACGCGGAGGGUGGCGAGGGGGCACCGCUGCGAGGUGCGCGCUCGCUUGACACGUUGCCCCCGCGUCGAGACGGUCGCUUGCGUCGCCAGCACACCUCGCGCUCGCUCGAUGCCGAGGUGGCAGUGGCCACGGUGUCCGGCGACCCCGUGUUCAACGGCACCAUCGUCGGCAUAGUGACGGACGACGUGCCGCGCGCCGAGGAGAGCCCGUUACUGCGCAAGUGUAGCCUGUAUAACCGGCUAGACCGGCCGCGCCGUAAGGUGCACGACUCGAGUUACAUCGAGUUUUACAAGCGGUGGCGCUCCUUGGAGAACGUGGCGGAGGGCAAGGGCGAGCGCAAGCCGCCGCGACUGGCGAUCCCGUCGUGGCUGCUGGGCAUCUUCGGCGGCGGCGCGCGCGGCAGCAGUGCGUCGCUGCGCCGCGCGCCGCCGCUGCUGGACCGCGAGUCGGCGGUGUGAACACGCCGCCGCACGCGACCAGAGCGAGAUGUACAUUAAAGAUUAUGUGUAUAUGAAAUGCUGUUGUAAAUAGUAUGUGUAAGUAAAACGAUGUUACCGUCAAUUGUGAAAUAAGAGUUUAAUGUUAUUAAAUAAUUUCUAUCGAA